GUCAACCACUGAUGGUUUUGUGUCGAUGUAGAGCAAGUGAUCAGCUAACAGUUCACCAGAAAUGCCCAAGCUGGCUUAAUGAAAACCAGGAAGUAACUAUGCAUAUGGUCAGUUGACAAUUAACUAAUUUUUCUGUAUCAUUCGUAGAUUGCAUACCUAAAAAUAUUCUAUUUUUCUUUUCUUUUCUUUUUUUCUUUUUUCCUUUUUUCAUUUGUUGCAUGUGCCCACUGAGUAUUGUUUUCAUAAAAUCACCAUGUGACAUUGGUGGUUGGGCCCGUCAUAGCAGCUUGCAGCUAUAUUGUAAUUCAUUGAAAUUAUAAAUGGUAAAAUAUUAAAUUAAUUCAUUUCAAUUUAAUCAACUAAUUCAAUAAAAGUGGAUAAAAAAAUACAACUUUACGAAGUAUAUCAUGAAAUAAAGUCGGGCAUUUUGGCAGUCUUCCAAAGUUUGAUAAGUCAUCUUUGGGGGUGUGAGGAUGGUCUUGGGUGUUUCUUCCUGAAGGCAGUAUAAAACAGCCAGUCCUCUUGCCGGCAGUUUACAGAAGUUUGCUGCAAAGUCAUCCUUCCACGAUGAGUCUCACUGCCAAAGACAAAGCUACCGUCAAAGCCUUUUGGGCCAAGAUCGCAGGAAAAGCUGACGACAUUGGUCAUGAUGCUCUUUCUAGGAUGUUGGCGGUCUACCCACAGACCAAAACCUAUUUCUCUCACUGGAAAGACCUGAGCCCCGGCUCUGCCCCAGUGAGGAAGCACGGGAAGACUGUGAUGGCUGGCGUUGGUGAGGCUGUCAGCAAAAUCGACGACCUUACUAAUGGACUUCUGAACCUCAGUGAGCUUCAUGCUUUCCAGCUGAGAGUUGACCCCGCCAAUUUCAAGAUUCUGUCCCACAACAUACUCGUGGUUCUGGCCACUCUGUUCCCCACCGAUUUCACUCCUGAGGCCCAUGUUGCUAUGGACAAGUUCCUCUCUGCUUUGUCUCUGGCUCUGUCCGAGAAGUACAGAUGAGCGCGCAUUGUUGUUGUUCGAGACCAGACGAAUGCCUGUAUAAACAUUCUGUCUUAUUAUGAUGCAAUAAAUGAGUAUGAAAAACUUUAA